AUGAACAGGCGGCCGGCGUACAUCGGUACAUGCAAGGGAAACGAUCGAUGCAAUGCGGCGGCAGAUGGCAACCUCCGCGUCUUCAAGCGGAUCGCGAGCGCGCUCGACGGCGGGAAGGGCCGGAUCCGGGAGGCGGUGGAGGCCGUCAGGGACGAGCUCGGCGACGGAGUGCUACACGUCGCCGCCGCGCUCGGGAGGACACGGGUGUGUGCCUACCUAGUCGAGGAGCUUCACAUGGACAUCAACGCUGCUGCCGUGUCAGGUCAAACACCUCUCAGUUACGCAGUUUGUUCUGACGAUAAUGUAGAAGUUGUGAGGUAUCUUCUUGAUCAUGACGCUGAUCCAGAUAAGCCUGUGUAUCAUGGGUGUAACUCGCUACAUAUUGCAGUUGCAAAAGGAUUAUGUGUAAUGGUAGAACUCUUGCUCUCAAAAGGAGCUGAUGUUAAUUCUAUGUCCUACUGCGGGACGCCGCUGAAUGUUGCUGCAAUGGAAAAUCAGGGUGCUGUUAUGAAGAUUUUACUGGACUACAAUGCUGAUUGCAACAAAGAAUAUUCCACCAUUUUUACUCCUUUGUCAACUGCUCUCUGUGCUCGCUCGCUGAGCUGUGUCAAGCUUCUGAUUAAGGCUGGUGCUGAUGUGACGACAAAGGGCACUCAUAAGUUUUCCCCCUUAAUAUUCGCUGCAAAUGAGGGCUUAACAGAUUUUUAUGAGUGUUUACUGGAGGCUGGUGCUGAUCCCAAUGUUCCUGAUGAUUCUGGACUCCUUCCAAUAGAAAUUGCAGCGCUUGAAAAUAGACGGAAAGAUGUUGAGAUCCUUUUGCGCGUGACAGCUCGUAUCCCAUCUGUGCCUGACUGGAGUGUUGAUGGGGUACUUGCAUAUGUUAAAUCAAUACCUACAGAUGAGGAUGACCCUGUGUACAAAAUGAACCUGGCUGAUUUGAAGUUAGAAGGAAACAAAGCAUUCAAGAAAAAAGAUUAUUAUACUGCAGUAAAAUUCUACUCCGUGGCUAUAAUGAAGAACGCCAAUUCUGUUGAUGCAACAUUGUUUUCGAAUAGGAGCCUUUGCUGGAUUAAAAUGGGUGAAGGAAACAAGGCUUUGAUUGAUGCUGAAGCUUGUAGGCUUUUCCAGCCUUAUUGGGCAAAAGCCUGCUACCGGCAAGGUGCUGCUCAUAUGUUCUUGAAGGACUAUGAAAAGGCAUGUGGUGCAUUUCUUGAUGGCCUGAAGUUGGACCCGGCUAAUGCAGAAUUGGAGAAUGAACUUCGGUACCAAUCCCCUGCUCUUUGUCGUUUGUUGUAA